CAUUCAUCCAUUGUUGGUCAGCUAGCGAAGGCCAAGCUUAGGUUUGGAGGAGGAGGAAAUGGAGAUCUCGUUCGGCGACCCGGUGCUCUCGGCGGCGCUGCAGCAGCUGAUGGACCUCCCCGACGAGCUGGAGCGGCAGCUGAACGCGCCGACGCGCGCCUACGUGCGCGACCGCCGCGCCAUGGCCAACACGCCCAUGGACGUCAAGGAGCUCCCCUCCGGCGCGCUCGUGCUCGCCGUCGACAUGCCCGGGGUCAGCCCCGCCGACGUCAGGGUCCAGGUCGAGGGCGGCAACGUGCUCACCAUCAGCGGUGAGCGCAAGCGCCCCGCCGAGGACGCCGGCGCCGAGGCCGGCAGCAAGCAGCAGCAGCAGCAGGGGGGCGACGAGAAGCCGGGGGUGAAGUACCUGCGGAUGGAGCGGCGGAUGGGCAAGUUCAUGAGGCGGUUCCCGCUGCCGGAGGGCGCCGACCUGGACAGCAUCAGGGCCGAGCACAAGGACGGCGUGCUCACCGUCACCGUCGACAAGAAGCCGCCGCCGGAGCCCAAGAAGCCGCGCGUCGUCCAGGUCACGGUCGGCGAGCACCAGGGCAAGUGAAGCAGGCGACGCAUGCGUACGUAAUGCAUAGGUCGUCGUCAUCGGAUCAGCUGGAUGGCGAUCGAAUAAUAAAUUAAGAGGAGGGUGUGAGGCUGUGAUGUUCUGCUUGGUAGUAGACUACUACUAGAGUAGUCAGUAGUGUGUCAUCGAAUAAGAGUAUGUAAUAUACAGUUGGUGCUUGCACGCAUGUACUAGACUACCUGA